AGAAGAAUAAGGUUAAUUGGGUUGUCUAGAAAAUUUAUUUAAUUUAUAAAAGAAUUUUAUAAAAUGUCUAACAGUACAAUAUUUUUAAAAUCUGGUUUUAUAAAUGUUCCUCUUCAAAAUGGUAUGCGCAGAUAUGUAGGACAACUCCAAAGAGUUGUAUUGAAAUUUUGUAAAAAUCAUGGAUCUAGCAGGGGAAUGAGGGAAUUUAUUGAAACAGAUUUGGUCGACUUUGCUAAAAAUAACCCUGGAAUUGUAGUAUACUUAAAACCUAGAAGACAUCGCACAGCAGUUAUGAAAGCAGAAUAUUUAAACGGAGAAACACAGUGGUUGAGCUGUAGAAAUUUCACCAGAGAGGAAGUAUAUAAGUGGCUUGAAUUAUUUAAAAAGCAACAAAAGGUGCAUGAAGGUACAAGAAUUAGAAAAUUAUGGCAUACCGAAAAUCCUUCCAUUCAAGGUCCUUGGACUCCUUUCACAUUUAGAGAUCCAAAAUUGAAUUUGGUAACAUUUCCAAUUGAACUGUCUAAAUGUGAAAAUAUUAGUUUUGCUCAAGAUGAGUUAGUGGAGUUGUUUAAAAAACAAAAAAUUCAAGAAUCAGAAAUAGUGACAGCUUCAAAUUAGUCAAUGUAUAGUACUGUAUUUAGUUAUUAAUUAAAAACAUAGUUCUAUAAAAUAUAUUUUACUCUUAGUUUAUAGUCAUUCACAUAUAAGUAAAAUCAGUAGAAUAACUAGAAGGAAUCACAUAUACUGUGAAUUUCCUCUAUUCCCACUUAACA